CCCCUGCCUUCCAAAUGCCGCAAUCCGCCUCUCUCUCUCUUAACCGACCUCCAAAUUCUGUUUCAAGUUUCUCUCGGUUUUCCCGGGAACCGGAAUUCUCGUUCUCCGGCGGUCUCUCAGUUCACCCCGUUUCCGAACGUUCAAUCCGACGGUCGAGAUCGGAGGGGCGGGAUGAAUCAGACGGGAGCUGCGAGCUCAGGAAGCAACGGCACCGUUGAUUCCGUCGCGCCCAGGCGGAAUACGAAGAGGCCGAAGUAUUCCAGAUUUACUCAGCAAGAACUUCCUGCUUGCAAGCCUAUCUUGACACCAGGAUGGGUUAUUACAGCAUUUACAUUUAUUGGUGCUAUCUUUGUCCCAAUUGGAGUUGCUUCCCUAAAUGCAUCUCAUGGGGUGGUGGAAAUUGUCUAUGGUUAUGAAACUAAUUGCAUACCUACAAAUUGGAAAGGCAGGGAGCUUGCUUUUAUCCAAAGUGAUAAUGAUAAAACUUGCAAUAUGUCUCUAAUUGUAGAAAAGGACAUGAAAGCGCCUAUAUAUGUUUACUACCAGUUGGAUAACUUUUACCAGAACCAUCGAAGGUAUGUCAAAAGCAGAAGCGACAAACAGUUGAUGAGCAAGAAGUACGAAAAUGAUGUUACAAACUGUGAACCUGAACGUGUAGGUAGAAAUGGUCAUCCUAUUGUUCCAUGCGGUCUCAUAGCCUGGAGUUUGUUCAAUGACACGUAUGGAUUUUCAAUCAAGAGUAAGGCACUGGAAGUCAACAAAAAGGAUAUCGCUUGGAAGAGCGAUCGUGACUAUAAAUUUGGGAGUGAUGUCUACCCUAAGAAUUUCCAAAAUGGAAGCCUUAUUGGAGGUGGAAAACUUAAUGAAAGCAUACCUCUAAGCCAGCAGGAGGAUCUUAUUGUUUGGAUGCGAACAGCUGCACUCCCAACAUUCAGGAAGUUGUAUGGAAAGAUAAAUGUGGACCUUCCAGCCAAUGAGAAAAUUGAUGUAGUAAUAGAAAAUAACUAUAACACAUACAGUUUUGGUGGCAAGAAGAAGCUAGUUCUUUCAACAACGAGUUGGCUUGGUGGAAGGAAUGAUUUCCUUGGUAUAGCAUAUCUCUCUGUUGGUGGAUUGAGCUUCUUUUUGGCAAUGGUCUUGGUUGUAGUAUUCCUUGUCUAUCGAAGGCCUCUUGGAGAUCCAAAAUAUUUAUCUUGGAAUAAAGAUGCUGCAGGACACUGAUGUAAGACCGCAGACAAGUUUCUCAGCAUUCAACCUUUGCACCACGUUCACAAACAUGAAAGCUGUUUAGUGAACUGCUAUAUAAUGAUUUAUACAACUUCAAGUGCUUCAAGAUUUAAUUUUUAUGUAAACAGUGAUACACAUGUAAAACAAAUGUCUUUCUUUUAUAUAUAUAAAAUAUGUAUUUUUUGUUAA